AUGCCUGACUUCAAAGGACUCGACUUGACUGGCAAGACUGCCAUAGUCACCGGCGCUUCUAGGGGAAUUGGUGCUGCCAUUGCUGUCCAAUUAGGCCAGCGUGGCGCCAAUGUUGUUGUCAACUACACCAGUGACAAGAGCAAGCAACGCGCCCUCGAUGUGGCCAAGAAGAUUGAGGCCAGCGGCUCCAAGGCGACAUUAUGCCAGGCUAGCGUGUCUGAUAUGAAGGAUAUUCCCAAGAUCGUGGAGAGCGCGUUGCAGCUUAGCCAGACUGGAAAGAUUGAGAUUUUGAUCCACAAUGCCGCCUUGGGGGUGGACGCCAACCUCGAUGAAGUCACAGAAGAGCUCUUCCAGACUCACUUCGACACCAACGUCAAAGGCCCCAUCUUCCUCACCCAAGCCGUAAUCCCACACAUCGCCCACGGCGGCCGUAUCGUCUUUGUCUCUUCAGCUGCCGCCCGUCUCGGCGUAGCCGGGCAAACAGUAUACGGCGCCACAAAAGCCGCCGACGAGUCAUUAGCCCGAGUCUGGGCCAAGGAGCUCGGCCAGUCACAUGGAAUCACUGUCAACUGUGUAAACCCUGGACCUGUAGCUACGGAUCAGUGGCAGGAGAGCGAUGAACAAUUUAGAGAGGAUAUGCAGCCGCUUAUUGAGUCUACACCGGCUGCUGCGCGGAUUGCAGAGGUUGAUGAUAUUGCGCCUUUGGUUGCGUUUCUUUGUACGAAUGAUGCGAGAUGGACUACUGGAUCUGUUCUUUGUGCGAAUGGUGGGCUCUAUAACUGA